CCUUUGAAAGUCUUGAGUCUGACUUCAGCGCAGGAGAGACCAUGUCCGCCGUCAUAAGCAAACUGUACUCACCUCUACUCUCAUUUAAAACGAGUUCUCCAUGAAAUAACAGUAACGCGGGGCCUCAAGGAUGGCCGGCUCGGGUGCUGUUCAGGUGAAACUAGAACUCGGUCAUCGUGCCCAGGUCCGAAAGAAACCCACUGUGGAAGGCUUCACCCACGACUGGAUGGUGUUUGUUCGAGGACCAGAGCACAGCAACAUCCAGCACUUUGUGGAGAAAGUAGUUUUUCACCUGCACGAAAGUUUCCCCAAACCAAAAAGAGUGUGCAAGGAUCCACCGUACAAAGUGGAGGAGUCUGGAUACGCAGGCUUCAUCUUGCCUAUUGAAGUUUACUUCAAAAACAAGGAAGAACCGAAGAAAGUUCGCUUCGAUUACGACCUGUUCCUCCACCUGGAGGGCCACCCGCCUGUCAAUCACCUGCGCUGUGAGAAGCUCACCUUCAACAACCCAACGGAGGAGUUUCGUAGGAAGCUACUGAAAGCCGGAGGGCAACGGGAUCCUCACAAACGAAGUUCAGAAGACUCAAAAGUGAUGGUAAUGCAGGAGGGCUCGACCUCCCUGUUCGGCCAGCACCUGAAGCUGCCUACACUACCCAACAGCUCACUGACAUCCACCUUCUCCGACCCAAAGAAGAGCAAAAGCUUCCAUGGGUCAAAGGAUGGCUCCAAAGGAAGCAGUACUACCCUUCUCACCACCGCCACAACCACCAGCACCAACAGCAGCAGCUUCUCCAAACUCCACAAACCCUCCAAGGACCACAAAGACAAGCCUCCAAAAGACUUGAAAGAGCCCAAAAGUGCCUUCAGAGACUCUGGCUGGGAACCCAGCAAAGCCCCCAAAGAACCUUCCAGGAAACCCAAAGAGAACCAGCCACUUAGAGAUAUAAAUCCUAAGAUGGGCUUCAAGGAACCCAAGUCUUUGUCCAAGGAGCAUCGGACUGAGGGGAUGACCCACGGGUCAGGGCUUAACAAGCGUCUGUCUACCCCUGAUGGUGACGAUCAUAUGACCAAAAAACGUAAAAAGGGAUUUGUGGAUUCAUCAGGGAAGCAAACAUCGGGGUCGGAUGCUCAACAUUUGGAUAAGAAACUAUUGAAGGAUAGGUCACAGAUGCAAACAAAUAAAUUACGACCAGAGGGAGACGAGGCUGAUCGCAGGAAGGUGUCGACACUUCCUCCUUUCCAGGAACUGGUGGACCCCAAUGACUCUGAUAUGGAGGACCAUUCUACCAAAUCAGAUUCAGAACAGCCCAGUCCAGCCAGUUCCAGCUCCAGUUCAGGCUUUGCUCCCACGCACCACAAACGGCAAGUGGUGGACUUCAUCAUCAGGAAAAGGGUGGCUAUUCCUGCCACCACCCACACAGUGCUGGGCCCGCUGCAGUCAGUGAUGCAGGAUCUGCACUCGGACGACAACGACGAGGACUCGGAGGACGACGACGACAACGACAUGGAUUCUGACGUGGAGCGACCAUCGCACGCGCAUCUCACGCACCACCAACGCAGGGUCAGUUUGAGUGAUGGCAGUGAGAGUGACAGCUCCUCCCCCUCAUCCCCUUCCCGCAAUGAGGCCCCGCCCUUAUUAAAGACUACUAAUAACCAGCUACUGGAAGUGAAGAGUCCCACCAAGCAGAGCAAACAGGACAAGAACAAAAAUCUAGAUUGUGACAAGGCUUACCUGGACGAGCUGGUGGAACUGCACAAAAGACUGAUGACACUAAGAGAAGGUCACAUACUGCAACAGAUUGUAAACCUCAUUGAAGAGACAGGACACUUCCACAUCACAAACACUACUUUUGACUUCGACCUUUGCUCCUUGGACAGAAGUACAGUAAGGAAACUCCAGAGUUACCUGGAAACCUCCGGACUGUCCUGAGGCUCUGAGCAGCUGGCUGCUGGAUCUGUCUCCACAUAUACUUUUUGUUUUUUGUUUUUUCUUGAAUGAACUCCAACUUUGGAUACAAUGCAAAAGCCCCGCUGUGGCUUGGUCCAGUUGUGUCCAGCCUGCUGGUUGGACUGGGCUCUCUGAAUGAAGAGGUCCUGCUACAGAAACCAGAGCCAGGUGUUGUUGGGGAUGAGCCCUGUCGAUCAGGAGAUCACCCGGAAAGCCUUGAAAACUUCACUUGAUUUAAAAAAGAAAGUGGGGGAGUUGCGACCUUGUUGCUCUUAAUGAAUGUGCAUAUUGUUACCAUGUAUGUUUCUUGAUUUGUUGUUCAUUGUGACAAAUGCAUGGUCAACAUUGCCUUACAACAUUGUAAGUCUUAUUUAUUGAAUUUAAUUUGCAGGUGUGUGUGUGUAUUUGAAAUGGCAAAAAAAAAAAAAAAAGAGAAACGGCAGAAUGAGACUUUGUUGAAGCACUUCACAACAGGCAUAUCUUUGAAUCUGUGUAACAUUCGAGCAUCACUUCGACUCUCCGUAUGUCACUGACUUGAAAUGAAAUUGUCAGACAGAAUAAUUUCAUUGGAAACAAAAAAACUGCCACAGCAACUUGUGUUCCACACUGUUGCCCAAUUCACUAUGUAUUUUGUUCCAACAAAUGCUAUUUGUGAAAGUGCAACUUCUAUUAUGGAAAUAAGUACUUUCAGCAGCCAUGCAGCACUCCUCAAUCCUGUCAGGUCACUUUUUCCUUCAAGAUAUUAGUCUGAAAGAAAACAGUCUGUGAAGGGGAGUGGUUUAGUUAACAACAAGCAUUGUGCUCCAUUUGCAGCCACAUAUUUUGGAAAAUAGUGGUUCAGGGUUCUGCCUGGUUGAAGCCUUAUCACUUGCAAAUGAAUUUCGGUGCACAGAAACAUCCCCAACUCAAGCAUAUUCCACACAGGAGAGAGCAGUGUCUCUGUGCCUCUGGGAUACAAUAUAAGAAACUUAGUUUUAUGCCCAACACAUGUAGGUGCUCUACAGUGGAGAACAGCAUGUUUUGAUUGACAAAGAUCCAGUCGGAAUCUUGAACCAUUGUCUGUUAAAAUAAAUGUGUGGUUUGUCGUUGAGGUCUCAGUAUGCUUCAAAUGAACCAGUUCAUAGUAUGUGUUAUCCGACCACACCUAAAGAUAAAACAUGGUCAUCAUAGAGAUAUACAAAUAUGGAUAACCGUCAAAGCUAACGGAUAGUCUCCCCUCAGAAGCAUUCGUGGUGUUGCACUGAGUUGAACACAAAAGAAGUGAUGGAGGUAGUUUUGUGAAAAAAUAGCCCUUCAUCACCUACUUCCACACCUACACACAUUCAACCAAUCUACGUGAAGUGGAUGGGAUUGGCAGAUCGCCCGUUUCAGAAAGUUGCUAAAAUUGUCAGACGCAGAUUCCGAGAGGCACUUCACUUGAAGCAUACUGAGGCCUUCUGUGUGCAGGCGUUACUUAACCCUUGCAAGACUGCGUUUUAUAUUAAAAACAGCCAAAACAAUCUUUUGUUGCUAAUGAAAGCCUUUAUGUAGAAUUGGAAAAGUUCCUGCUUUGGCGCCGUCCGGUGGUAGUAUGACAACACUGUCAUUACCUCUUUCUCUUUCAUGGAUCUGACUGCAAAAAAAUUUCACCAGGAUUUUGUUUUUCUUCAAACAAAAUCCAUCAGAACAAUAUGAAAGGGCCUGUCACCACUUUAAAAAAAAUCAACACUUAGUGGCUUUAAAUAACUGCUGUAUUUCUGUUUAGUGUUGCAAACUCAUUAUAAAAAUGCAUAUAUCUGUACUGCACAUGCAUCACAUUUUACAAAUGACAUCAUGCACAGACACAGAUUGGCUCUCCAGUUUUAAGCAGUGGAACACCACUAUGUGUUCACACAAGUGCAGCAUCAUGUGGCAGUUUUUUUAUUCCCAUAUUUUGACACUGUAUAACGUGAGGCAUGAGUGGCUGCUGGAGUGAGCUGAGCACAAAUCAUGAGGUGGAAGUUCCGAUCAUUUAUUUGAAAGUUAAUUUUUUUUUUUACCAAAUCCAGGAAUAACGUGCUGCAGCAGGUCCUGCCUUCCUGCUUAUUGAAUGCAACUUGAAGAAAGCUUUGUUGUGUCGGCUCAUUUUCUGCUACUGGGCCAAUAGAACAUGCCAAAAGCAUAGUUAAUAGAAUCAGUUGGUUGGAUAUUACUAAUGUUUGUCUACAGAAUAUGAUUUAAAGGAAAUCAUUAUCUCUUUGCCAUCGGGGGAAUGGAUUUGUAGAUCAGACCCGAGCCCUGUAGGGGGAAAAGGGAGAACAAACUCCCUUUUAAGAUGUCAGAAACAAGUAAAGACAGCUCAUGUGUUCUGCAUUUCUGCAAUGUGUGAAAUGUUUUGGGUAAAUUUAACAAACAAACAAAAAAGGGCCAAUGGGAAUUUUGGCUGACAGGUACUGUUACGGGUGUAUGAAAAAAAAAAAACGAUCUUUUAUUUAUUUUGUGGGAGUUUCAGUUGUUAAAUCAAAGCUCAGCAUUAAUUUUCCAAGGAGAAUACCUUUGUUAGAUUUGCAACAGAGGACACUUUGUCCCUUUGCCAGUCUGAUAAACUAAAGUUCAGGAUGGUGAAAAGCGGUGGUCCUUUCCAAAAGACCUUAAAGGGUUUUUCUUGCCCUGUGUUCUGUCUUAUGGUUUCUUGUGUAUUUUGAGGACAUACAAUAAAUAUUCUGUAUGAUGUACAGAUGAGUUAUUAA